UUUGCCUCAUACAUUGUGUUAAAUGAAGGAAAAUGUGGAUGAAAUGGAGCCACAUCUCAUUCUUCAUUGGGGUGUGGUGGGGACUUUUACCUCAGACUUGUGUCCAUUAGUGUUCUGGGCUCAGCAGUGUUUCCUUGCACAAUAUAUUCAAGCCUUGGAUUGGUCCAUGUGUCUGUGUGUCAAUACUCCAGUCUCCUCAUGGGAAAUGCCAGUGACUCAGGCAAAGCAGAACUUGGGGUGUAAAAGCGGAAACACCGGCCACUUCCCUUUUAUUCACAAAGGCUCAUUGUUUCUGCAGAUAAAGAGUGAGAUUGUGCCACGGGGAUUAUGGCGGCGCUCAUUGGCGUAUUCGUAUUGUGGGUCUUUGUUCUGCUGUUCAUUUUGGUCAAGCGGCAAAUCAUGCGUUUUGCAAUGAAGUCUCGCCGGGGGCCACACGUGCCUGUGGGACACAAUGCACCGAAGGAGCUGAAGGACAAGAUAGACAUUCGCCUCUCUAAGGUCCAGGACAUCAAGUUUGAGCCUCAGCUUUUAGCAGCAGGAGAUGAGCGAUUACUUCAGCUGGACAGACCUGCUCAGGAAGGAUGCUAUAAUUAUUUAUACAGAAUGAAGACCGUGGAUGCCAUUAAAGAUACAGAUAUCCCCUUUCAAGAAAACAGGAAACACCCCAAAUCUCUGGUGGGCAAAAACUUCCGUGCCUUCCUGCUUGAUCUUAGGAACUCCAACUCGCCGUACAAAGGGAUCCGCAAGAGUUUAAUCGACUCCCUGCUGGAUGGUUAUGACACUGCUCGAUAUGGCACUGGGGUCUAUGGAAAGAGUGAACAUGAGAAGUUUGUGGAAUCCCUUAGAGAACUGUCAGUCAUUUUGCAAGCCAGAGAGGCGGGCAGUCAGAAACAGCGCCAAUCUACAGCUAAAGAUCUCACUGCUUCUUCUGAGGUGCCAUCCACUCCCACCAUCCAGGUGACCUACCUGCCCUCCAGCCAGAAAAGCAAACGCCCCAAACAUUUCCUGGAGUUGAAAAGCUUCAAGGACAACUAUAAUACUCUGGAAAGUACUCUCUGAGCACAAGCACCAGGGAGAGCCUUCCAGUAAUGACCAGUGAGUGGCUUUUGGGAAUCUUCUCUCCAUGGCAUUCUGGGAUCUGGACUUAGUUAAGCUUUUCCUUUUUCAGCUGGUUACUAGUGACGUUCCACUGUGGUCCAGAGAUGUGAAAUGUGCCCAAUCUGUAGGGGGCUAUACAUAAGAAUCAUAGGAAGCCUGGGUUAUUUGAAUAAAAGGACAAGCUUACGGCUUUCCACGGUGGAUCCGGGUGCUCAUGCCUCAGACCUUCAGAAAAGGGGAGCAACACACGAAAAAGUUGAAUAGCGGGCAGGCACCACUGCGGAACACCAAGUCAAUCAAUCAAUGGAAUCCAGAGGCCAAAGUAUUAUGAAUAGUACAAAAAAAAGUCUUUAUUUUACAUUAUGUAUACAACUAAAAACCUGUCUGUAGGGGGCACAAUUCUGUCUGAAGGAGACAGACGACUGAAAUAAAUGGACUGCAGGGAUCUAUACAUAAUACAAACAGCCCUGCCUCAGGUGAAGCAGCCAUCUUGUUCUCAUGGGUGCUUGCAUGCCCAAGCUGGGGUGAACUCUGAGUUGCACCCUCAGUGAAAAUACAAAUUAUAUAACAACUAUUACACAAUUAAAGUUGAAGGAUACCUUUGGUUCAGUUACAUAAACCAGAAAGCUUCCCUUCUAAUGAUUGCAUUGAUGAAGGCCCACUCAGCAUGAAAGCUCCGCCUAUUUACUAUAGCCCCCCCCCAUGAUGAACCAUCUCUGGGCACAUUAAUAUAUACUCCCCCUGAAUACUUACCUGAUACAGAACUCGGAUUCUCUACAUUUCCUGCUCAUGGGCUGCUCUCUUUCCCAUGGUUAGGCAAGGGGUGUGAUUUGGUGCUGAGAAGUGUGCAUAGAGACGGCUGUACUAGUGCGAGAAAAAGGUGGUACUAGGGCGAGGGAUCGGUACUAGUGCAAGAGAUCAGUACUAGUGCGAGGGAUCGGUACUAGUGCGAGAGAGCGGUGGUACUAGUGCGAGACAUUGGUACUAGUGUGAGAGCAGUGGGACUAGUGCGAGAGAGCGGUGGUACUAGUGUGAGACAUCGGUACUAGUGCGAGACAUCGGUACUAGUGUGAGAGCGGUGGUACUAGUGCGAGACAUCAGUACUAGUGUGAGAGAGCGGUGGUACUAGUGCGAGACAUCGGUACUAGUGUGAGAGAGCGGUGGUACUAGUGCGAGACAUCGGUACUAGUGUGAGAGAGCGGUGGUACUAGUGCGAGACAUCGGUACUAGUGCGAGAGAGCGGUGGGACUAGUGCGAGACAUCGGUACUAGUGUGAGAGUGGUGGGACUAGUGCGAGACAUCGGUACUAGUGUGAGAGAGCGGUGGGACUAGUGCGAGAGAGCGGUGGGACUAGUGCGAGACAUCGGUACUAGUGUGAGAGAGCGGUGGGACUAGUGCGAGAGAGCGGUGGGACUAGUGCGAGACAUCGGUACUAGUGUGAGAGAGCGGUGGGACUAGUGCGAGAGAGUGGUACUAGUGUGAGAGAGCGGUGGGACUAGUGCGAGAGAGUGGUACUAGUGUGAGAUUGUACCAGGUGUCCUAGCUAACCAUAGGAAAGAGAACAGUGUAGGAUCAGGAAAUAGAGAGAAUUUCAAUUUAAAUCUGGGUAAGUACUGGCUGGAGACUGACCAUAGAGGAGAUCCUCCAUAGAUACAAUGCAAUGGGCCCAGAUUUUCAUUAAGGCAUGGGGGGUACCUUUUUUAAUUACAAAGUUGAGCAGAAAGGCACCACUACAUUUGUAUGGAAAUAGAUUAGUUAUAUGAAUUGUUCUGUCUGUUACAAGGAGGAAAGUGUUUUGUAUUUGACCCACUGUGAGACUGUGGGGAAAUCUCUUUUGGUUGUGUUUAAUCACACACAAUAAAACAGUGUUAUUUAGGGA